UGACAGUCGGCGAGGGGCUAUAAAUAAGCACGCAACCGAACAAAGCGAGCUGUUUUGGGGAAGGUAGUGCACUUGUUUGGUACUUGCAUGUAAUCGCCCUUUUUUUCUUAAACUAAGGGGUCAGGAUCCCAGACUGACUGCGGAGGGGUAAACACCUGGGAAACGAAUGAAGAAACACCUCUUGCUUCUAUUCAAAUACAAAGGACUCGUGCGAAAAGGGAAGAAAAGUAAAAGACGAAAAUGGCCAAGUAUAUAUUGCGGAAGGCUGAACCCAAGGACGUCUCUGAUAUACUGCGACUCAUAAAGGAACUUGCAAAAUACGAAGACAUGGAGGAUAAAGUGGUCUUGACGGAGAAAGAACUGCUUGAAGAUGGUUUCGGUGAACACCCGUUCUACCACUGUAUGGUUGCAGAGGUGUCCACAGAGCUUCAGACCCCUGAGGGUCACACCGUUGUUGGAUUUGCCAUGUAUUAUUUUACAUAUGACCCUUGGAUUGGAAAACUCUUGUACCUUGAAGACUUUUAUGUCAUGAAAGAAUAUAGAGGCUAUGGAAUUGGGUCACAAAUCUUGAAGGAGCUAAGCAAUACAGCAGUAAAAACCCGCUGUAGCAGCAUGCACUUCAUUGUUGCAGAGUGGAACAAGCCAUCAAUAGAGUUCUACAAGAGACGUGGUGCUUCUGAUCUGUCAUCUGAGGAGGGGUGGCGUCUCUUUAAGAUCGAUAAGGAGUACUUGCUGAAAAUGUCAGCUGAGGAAUGAAGUGCAUGAAGAAUGGGUGUAGUCUGAGCUGGCCAUACUGGCAGUUGUGUGGUGGAGUUGACAGUUGUGUGUGUUUUUUUAUUUCCCCCAUUUAAGCAGGAGUGGAAAGUCGUCUGUAGUUUUACAGUUACAUGCUACAUUUUUCCAAAAAGAUUAACAAGGUGGGGGAGAGGGGGCCUUGUGUUGUGUGUGGGGUUGUUGUUUUUUUUUGUUUUUUUUUUAAACAUUAAGUCUUGUCAUGUUCAAUGAAAAUGAUGAUUUUAGUUGAGUGGAAAUCAAUUUGAUUUUAAGUUUGUUGGGCUAAUUUAGGUGAGGGAUACAUUGUACGUAGGAAGGCAGUUUUCACCUCUGUAUUAUGUCUCCCAAUGCUCUUGAUGUUUUGGACACUUGAACUGCCGUAAUAUGGACUGCAGCUUGAGGCUGAUCUUAUUAAAUAUCGCUCAUAGGUAGUCUUUUUAAUUGGCCCAGCUGAAAGGGAUGUUAGACAGCACGUGAAAAGCCCAAUUUUUAAAAGCUCAUUUUUUUCUUUGCCUUUUGAAUAUAUCUGAUGUUCAUGUAAAUAUCCAACAUAUGCACUUGAUUGAAAGCAAUCUUUUUUUUUUUUGUUUUUUUGGUUCUUUCGUGGCCAUUCUGCCUGUGAAGCGUGAUGUAAUUUGUCACACUAAUUAGGGAGGUCAAUAGACAUUUAAGUUUUUGGAACAUAUUACCCCUUUAGUAGACCUAAAACUUGGGCGCCAAUUGUUUGUAACAUUUGUAUAAAGGAUUAAAUGUAUUUGUCACUCUGCCUUUUAAUGUUUCUUUCAUUUUCUUUCCUCAUACAUUCUCACUGUUUUGAGAGGAAGGGUGGGAACAAGUAUUAUCCUAAGACUAUCCCAUAGGUAAAUCCUACAUUUUGUUUGUUCAAUAGAAUACAAUAUAGUUUAGUUUUUCGGCAUUCUGGAUAUUGUGUGUGUGUGUGUGUGUGUGUGUGUGAACACAGUUCAAAAAAAAAAAAAAUCCCAAACAUGAUACCAAGACGCAAACUGAAAGAUUCCUUGUCCUCAUACUGCUGGCUCAGAGGACACUUAUUUGAUUGUGUUAACGGUGUAGUUUCUCUUUAAUUUUACAACAUGUUUGGUAUUAACAAAGCAUAUUUUUCACACAGUUUAAAUGAGUACAAUGUAACAUCAUUUGAGAAUGGUUUUAUAGGCCCCUGAAAAAAUGAGUGCUUUUCAUCUAUGUAAUAAAAUGAAAUGUAUCAGAAAAAUGGCUUUUGGUGCAAAUUUCAUCUAAACUUCAUAGUACCUUGAAUGUGGUAAUUUUACAGUUUGUGCUAUUUACUUUCAGACAUUGCUUAUACAUCUUUUUGAUAUUCUUACAAGAAUUAAAUCUUCUGGGGGGGAAAAAAAGUUUUAGACCACCAUACCAAAUAUUUUGAAAGCAACAGAUAUUAAGUGAUGCCUGCUCUCUAGUUCUUUUCUCAGUCUUAAACUUGCAAAUUCAUUUUUAGGCCAUCUGUCAUUUUAA